UUAUCAUAGCUAUAGUACUGUUGUAUAUAAACAAACCAUAAGAGUGUAGACAACGUUGUUAUCAAUGAACUCAAUGUAAACAAACGUUAAAAUGAAAUGAUAUUUACUAUUGAAUUGUUUAACAAAACAAAACAUUAUUUACGAUAUAAUGUAUUAAUCAUUAAAUCAAUUGAAUGGCACAACAAAGGGAUAUAAUCGGUGGUCACCACUACGUGGACACCGAUCGCAAUACCACUGUCUUUACAUCGGUUAUGAUGCAAUUAGAAGAAGAGUGCAAUCAAUUGAGUUCACUAUCGGAUGAAUGCUAUGGUUUUGUUCAAAAGGAUUUGUCUGUCAAUUCGUUUCCCAUCUUCGAUGUCCUCCGAAAGAGUCAAAAACUGUGUGACAUAUCUAUUAAAGUAGACAACAAGUCAUUUAUGGCUCAUCGGGUUGUUAUCGCGGCUACCGUUCCUUACUUUCAUGCAAUGUUUACAAAUGACAUGAAAGAGAGCACUCAAACUGAGGUCGAGAUUCAGGACAGUAUCGAUGCCUUAGCUAUGGAAGCACUUCUUGAGUUUGCAUACACCGGAAGGAUUGUCAUAACAACAUCUAACGUUCAGUCGCUACUAAUCGGUGCAUCUUUUUUGCAAUUGUUUACUGUUAGGGACGCCUGUUGUGAAUAUCUGAAGAUACGAUUAAAUACAAACAAUGUUUUGGGUGUCAAAUCAUUUGCGGAUUCACUCAGUUGUGAUACUCUGGUCGAGGCGUCCAAAAAGUUUAUACAAAAACAUUUUAAAGAAGUCUCUAAGUCUGAUGAGUUUUUGGGCUUAGAUUUGAGCGAAAUUAUUGAUAUCAUUAGCAAAGAUGAACUUAAUGUUGGCGGCGAAGAGGAUGUCUUCAAUUCAGUCAUGUGUUGGGUUAAGAAAGACUACAAUACACGAGCACCACAUUUGCCGAAUCUUUUAACAAAUGUAAGGUUACCUCUACUAUCGCCUGAAUUUGUGGCCGACUAUGUUAUUACAGAAGAACUUAUCCGUUCAUCUCAUGCUUGCCGUGAUUUGGUAGACGAGGCUAAAGAUUAUCAUUUAAUGCCUCAGAGGAGACAACUUUUACAAAGUUUCCGAACUCGGGUUCGCUGUUGUAAUGAUAUUCAAGGUCUCAUUUAUGCUGUCGGAGGUCUUACAAAAAAUGGUGAUUCAUUGAGUACUGUUGAAGUAUUUAAUCCACAGACAAAUAUAUGGAAAAUGGCAGAAGCAAUGACAAUGUUGAGGUCAAGAGUUGGUGUGGCAGUCAUGGCCAACAAACUCUAUGCUAUUGGAGGAUAUAAUGGAAGCGAAAGACUCAGUACUGUAGAAGUGUUUGAUCCGAAAGCUCGAAGUUGGACUAAAGUGUCGCCAAUGAAUUGUAAAAGAAGUGCUGUGGGAGCGGCCACUCUUAACAAUAUGUUAUACGUUUGCGGUGGUUAUGAUGGCAUAUCAUCACUGAGUACUGUUGAGUGCUAUUCAUUGGAUCGCAAUGAGUGGUCAAUGGUUACAUCAAUGUCCAGACAUCGAUCAGCUGCUGGUGUCGUAGCUUUUGAGGGACAGAUCUAUGCUCUUGGAGGACACGAUGGGUUAUCUAUAUUUGAUUCAGUUGAAAGAUAUGAUCCUCAAACUGGAAAAUGGAGUUUUAUGCCACCGAUGCGUACCAAAAGGUGCCGAUUAGGUGUGGCCACUUUAAAAGGGAAAAUAUUUGUUUGCGGUGGUUAUGACGGCUCAACAUUUCUACAAACGGCUGAAGUCUAUGACCCGAAAACAGAAGAAUGGAAUUAUAUCGCGUCGAUGAACGUUAUGAGAAGUCGUGUGGCAUUAGUGGCCAAUUGUGGUCUCUUAUAUGCUAUCGGCGGCUAUGAUGGUGUCUCCAAUUUAUGUACAGUCGAAGUAUAUAAUAGCGAAAAAAAUUGUUGGGAAUUCACUACAUCUAUGGCCGCACACGAGGGAGGAGUUGGCGUUGGUGUUAUUCCUAUCAAUUGACAUAAUAAUUAUUUAUUUAGAUAAAACAUAAAUAUGCUGUAUAUUAAAUGUUUACCUAAAAUUAGCCAACUCAAAUUUUUGAUCAGUGCUGAAUCUAUUAUAAAUUAUUUUGUAAUACA